AUGGCAACAGCAGAAGAUGAUGAGAUGGUGCUUCAAGAGGUGAAAGUGGAGCAAACUGAAACUCAAAGGCCAACAGUCGAAAGAUCUUUCAGUUUGCAGAUUCCAGAAACUUCCGUAAGUUUUCCGGAAGUAAAGGAACCGACAACUGCUUUUAAUAUACGAAGAGGUUUGAGCCCCAAAAUAGCACCCAAGUUUCCUCGUGAAAAACUAAAAAGCAUGUUCAGGAAAAGACGUCUUUCUUCUGCAUUUCCUUUCUAUAAACUGAAAGGGGUUCGAUUUAGCAGAGAUACUAAAGAUGACGAUGAAUCAGUAAACCAGUCUCUUUUGGACGUCAGCUAUCAAGAACCAGAAGUUGAGAUAACGUUAUCAACACCAGAGCUUACAGAAACAGAAAAAGAAACAGGAGUGCAUCCAUAUUACUAUACUCAACAGAUUACAUCUGCUAAACAAUUAGCGACUGGAAAAGCAUUCUUGGUGCGACAGACAGAUUUACAACGGUAUGGAUCUGAAGAAGAAAAAAUGUCAAAAGGCCACCAAUUACAGAGCCAAAUGACUAGGGCAAGCAGUUUACCGAUUAUUCAACAAUCUGACACACCAAGCAUUCGAGACCCAAUUAUAGCUUUAUCGCUCAAAAAAAUUUCAGAAGUAAUGAAAACCAAGCAGAAAGUUAAGAAGAAAAGAUCUCCACCUCCUCAGUUCACAUCUAAAGAUAAGAUCAGCACUGAUGAAUCACAAGAUGAGCCUGCUUCUGAUACUGAAUCACUAUCGCGAAGAAAUACAUUGCCACAGAUAAUGGUAACACGAUAUGGACAAAAAGCAUCAGAACAUUUAGAUUUAGCAACAGCAGCCAAUAGCUCCGGACAUUCCAGUGGUUGUAGUUCUGAUUCAGGAAAGCUUGAAAGGCCAAGCAAACGAGUAUCUGUUCCUCCAGGAAAAGAAAAGUCUUCCGAGGCUUCAUCCCCAACAUAUGUUAAAAAAGGAUCAGUUUCUCCUGAGAAAACAUUCAGGUCAGUAUCACCAGAAUCACAUUCCACAUCUAAAAGCGCCAAGAAAGCAUCACCUCAACAAGCAAGAAUUGUUGAAACAGCAAAAAUAUCAACGGAUGAUAGAAAGCUUAAAUCACAUCCUAGAAAAAAAUCUCCUCCUCCACCAAAACGACCAGAGACUUUAGUUUUUGCUAAAAGCAGUUUCACACCUUCAAAGAAAAUUGCUGGCAUUUCACUCAAAAGUACGAAGCCUAGCUCUCCUACUUUGGAAAGUACCCCCAGCAGUCCAUCUUCAGACAUUCCUCAAACACCAUCAAAAGUAGGGCGCAGUCCUUCUUUUCCAAAACCAGGAAUAAAACCGAUAAGAAGCUCUACAGGCAGCCCGAAACGAUCUCCAACUACAGAAUCUAAUCCUUUUUCUACUAUGUCUAGUGCUCAAGCAGACACUUCAAUCACAAUCUCCGAUUCCCGAGAAGACAUUAGAGAAAUGAGCGACCAAAAAGGUUCUCAGCCUAUUAGUCCACCUGAACCUCCACAAUGCCGUAUACCACGUGCCAACAUCAAAGGGAAGAAAUGA